CAUUACCGUUCCGAGGUCGAGAGUCGUUCGAUUGCACGCGAUUCGCCGGCUGCAAUGAGGACGAUACGCAAUAACAUUCCGAUAAUUACACAGUCAUCGGCAAUAACAUCACAACACGAAUAAUUAAUAACAACGUAUAGGUACCAAUAGUGGAUCGUACCCACGCGUAAAGACGUGCGACGGUACUUCGGAGCAGUCAGUUGUCGCGCAGUAGCUGGCAGUGCGUUUGCGUAUCUGGUUUACUCCGCUGCAGUUUGUCUAUAAUAUUAUAGGUAUAGCGCCUUGUUCUCACAAACAAGUUUGGCUCUAUUCAUUUCGCCAAUCAUCGAUACUGUUAACGACGCGCGUUAUACAAAACAAAACUAUAUCGUUGACCAGUAGCGCACGUGAUCGCGAUGUCCGCGUCGCAGCUGUUAGUCGACUUGGCGGCCGGCUGGUGGACGGUAGCGGUUCUGGCGUUGCUUGCGGCCACGGUGUACCACUUCUGCACGUCCACGUUCGGCUACUGGCGCGACCGAGGCGUCCCGUACGUGCGGCCGACGGUGCCACUGUUUGGCAACAUCGGCGGGCUAGCCCUGGGCGUCGAACACCAGGCGCGCAUGUUCGGCCGGAUCUACGACGGGUUCCGCGGUCAGCGGUACGGCGGGUUCUUCCAGAUGCGCACGCCGCACCUGAUGGUAUGCGACCCGGCGCUGGUGAACCGCGUGCUGAUCGGCGACUUUGCGCACUUCACCGACCACGGCAUGUACACGGCCGGCCCGGACGAGAACCCUCUGGCCAACGGGCUGUUCAACAUGAACGGCGCCCAGUGGAAGAUCAUGCGGCAAAAGCUGAGCCCCGUGUUCACCGCCGGCAAGCUGCGGCACAUGCGUGGCCAGGUGACCGAGUGCAGCGAGCAGCUGAUGCGCAACGUGGCCGCGGACGUGCCGACCGGCGGUGGCCAGAUGGAAAUCCGCGACGUGCUCGGAAAGUACUCGACCGACGUCAUCGGCACGUGCGCGUUCGGACUGCACCUGAACGCCAUCAACGACGAGCGGUCUUCGUUCCGUAAGCACGGAAAGGCCGUGUUCGCGCCGUCGUUCCGCGUGCUUCUCAAGGAACUGGCCUGGAUGGUGACGCCGGCGCUACGACGCGCGCUCCGUAUCGGCGACAUGCCGCCGGACGCCGCACAGUUCUUCACCGCCGCGUUCACUGACACGAUGAAGUACCGGGAAGAACACGGCAUCGUCAGGGACGACUUCAUGCAGUCUCUGAUCCAGGCCAGAACCGACUUGGUCGUCAACAAGACCGAACCGUCAGUUGAAUUCUUAGAAACGGAUAUCGUGGCAAAUGCAUUUAUACUUUUCGCCGCUGGUUUUGAAACAGUGUCUACGGCAAUGAGUUUUUGUUUGUAUGAGCUUGCGUUGAAAAAACCAAUUCAGGACAAAGUACGAGAAGAAAUGAAUACGACGAAGAAGAAACACAACGCUGAGAUUGACAAUGAUUUUCUAAAGGAUUUACAUUAUUUGGAAAUGGUUUUAGCUGAAACUUUACGAAAGUAUCCACCACUUUUAACACUAUUUAGAGAAGCUACGCAGGAUUACCAAGUACCCGAUGACACAUUCGUAAUCGAAAAAGGUACGAAAGUUCUUAUUCCUGCGUACGCAAUUCAUCACGACUACAGAUAUUAUCCCGAUCCCGAGACGUUCGACCCCGAACGAUUCUCACCAGAAGAAAAGGCUAAAAGACCAAAUGGAACUUAUAUGCCGUUUGGCGAUGGACCUCGCUUAUGUAUAGGGAAACGAUUCGCAGAAAUGGAAAUGAAAUUGGCGUUAACUGAACUUUUGACCACGUAUGAAGUGGAACCAUGUGAAAAAACUGACAUUCCAAUGAGAUUCAGUAAAAGAUCACUAAUUAUUACGCCAGAAAAUGGAAUUUGGUUAAAAUUUAAACCAAUACAUACAUCUAAAUAAGCAUAAAUUAAUUGGACUUAUUCAAUACAUAUAGGACUUAAUCCCUACAAAUUUUAGAUAAUAUGUGAUGGGUCGAAAAUAUAAUAUUAUAGUACAGCACACAAAAUAAAAUGAUCUUAUUUAAGAAUAUUCAGACAGUUAAAUAAGUCUAUGAUCUUCUGUAUAGGUACAUUGUAAAAUAAAAUACAGCGUAUUAUGGAAUUUAAAUUCAAGAACUUACAAUGAAUAUUAUUUCACUUUCUGCUAUUUACUAUCCAGUUCAUUGUAAUAGUGUGUGUAGCUAAUGUAAAUGGUUAACUAUACUUAAGUUCGUAUAUUCUGGUGGGUUACCUUGAUGCUAUACAUUUUAGAUUAUGUGUACGAUAGUUGCGAUAUUUCUAUUUUGAUUUUCUACUAUAACAGUUUUAAAUAUCAAAUAAAUUAUAUUUUCUUAACUUUAAAAAUGUACUUUACUAAAAGGUGAAAAAUAUAAUUUUGUAUUCUUUAAAGUAUAGUAACAUUUGUAUACAAUAAUAACUGCAUUUAUAUUUAUAUUACAUUUAUACCUCCAAAAACAGUAAAACUUAUAUAGGAAAAAUUGUUAUCUAUUAUUUUAUUUAAUUAUAAAUGUAUUGUUACAAAAAUGUUUGCGAGAUAAAUAAUUUUGACUAUUAGACUAUUAAAAAACUCAGUCUCUAGGCUAACAUUAAAAUCAUUUCUGAUUUGUACAAUUUUAAUUAAUGUUAUGUUGUUAAUUUACUUCUAGGUAUCUGUAUUUGUAUAUGAAAUUAUAAAUAACUACUAUAUGAAUAUUUAUUUAUAAUUAUAUUUAAGUUUCAAAAGUUUAGUGGUUUUCAGUGGUUAUGAAUCUUUAUGCAAAUUAAAAAUAUAUGUUAUACGAAUUAUA